AUGGCGCCGACUGGCAAGUCACAAGAGAGUGUAGCUCCUCAAAAAACGUGUAAAAGAUGUAAAGUCAUGGCCUUAUCGGGUCUCAAGUGCAUCAAGUGUGAUACUGUGAGCCACAAUGGCUGUGUUAAGCUUUUGAAAAAUGUAAUCUCUGUUGAGCUUGAUGAAAUAAUUUGCUGUGCUGGCGACCAGACUACAACAGGCAAUGAGGCAGAGUUUUAUGAUGCCCUGGAUGAAAGUCAGUGGAAAAAGGACCCAAGAAACGGGCCGCCGCAGCGACAGUACCGUCAGGAGGAACCGCCGUCACAACAACCACGUUAUAACAAUAACGGACCGCCGCCGCGACGCGACGACUGGCGCCAGAGGCAGCAGGAGGAACGCCCGAGGUCACCACCUCGAGGGCGACCUCCGCCGAACCAGCCUACGAGGGAGGCCCCCAGGCCACCUCCAGGCCCGCCACGUCCUAGCCCGCGGCAGCGCGUCGACGACGACGAGCCACGCCGAUACCAGGGAAACGCCCCGGGGGUCGUGACACAGGCCCAGCCACGACCCGGGCCCCCACGACAAUAA